CCGAUUUCAUUCACGUUGAUGUCCACGCCUCACCUCUCGUAUUCUCCUGUACACGCCCUUUUCUCCUUCACUUCCUGGCGUCGCCCGCAGGCUUGUCCUUGCUGCUAGGCUGUCAGGCACAUCCAUCACGUACCAACAGCGCAACAGCAACAGCAACAGCACGCGCAUGAUUGCCCAGCCAUAGACGGCGUCUCCUCCCUCAAUGGCACUCCUCAGCUUCACGCGAGUCGCCUCCGUACUGCUGGCAGCAUGGACUGGCUUCACUGGAGCCCUCAACCCCGACGAUGAGUCCGACAUCAAGUCCAUACCCCUACGGACGCACAGCAUACAAGCUCCAUACGUCGACGAGGACAUGCAGUCGCGCUGGUGGGACUUUGGAGGCAGCACCGUCAUCCGCACAGACCAAUACAUCCGACUCACAGGCAACUACCCCUCGCAGGCCGGCUGGCUGUUCAGUCGAGUGCCACUCACGGCAAACAAUUGGGAGGUCGAGUUCGAGUUCAAAAUUCAUGGUACAGGAAGUCUGUUCGGAGACGGCAUGGCCGUAUGGAUCACGAAAGAUCGGGCAGAGAUGGGACCGGUGUUUGGCAUGAAGGACAAGUUUGAAGGUCUCGCCAUUUUCUUCGAUACCUACAAAAACAACCGACCUGGCGUGGUCUUCCCCUAUGUCAUGGCCAUGAAUGGAGACGGACAAACGACGUACGAUGGGCAGACGGAUGGGAAACCCAACGAGUUGGCCGGAUGUUCGGCGAGAGGACUGCGGAAUGCAGAGAUCCCCACCAAGGCGAAGAUCCGGUACUUUCUCGAAAAGGGCUUGAAGGUGGAUUUGAUGUACAAGAAGGAGGAUGAGUGGACGACGUGCUUUGAGGUCCCAGACGUCAAGCUGCCGACGGUGACAUAUUUGGGAUUCAGCUCGGAGACGGGAGAGCUGUCGGACAACCACGACAUUAUCAGUGUGGAGACGAAGAACCUGUACUCGCCCUCGGGACAGCACCCGUCGACGUUUACAAACAGGGACAAGCAUCGCGGCAAGCUCUUCCCGGGAAAGAAGAGCGAUGCCAGUGAAGGCGGAGGUUGGGGCUGGUUUUUCAUGAAGUUCCUGAUCUUUGGUCUCGUCGUGGUAGGGGGCUAUGUCGGUUUCACCAUGUACCGCGCGAAGCAGAGGGACAGGUUCUGAGGGCAAAAGAAAAGGAAACAAAAAGACACUGACCGAUAUUUGGUUCUGUUUUGAAUCGUACCUACUCAAGCGAGCAAGCGUGGUAGAAAUGUAGUAUCAUGCCAGAGCAUAUUGUCUAUGAACAAACUGUGCAGCUCGCGAUUACACCAACCACAUGAACGCCAAGAUGUUUUUUUGUUUUUUGCAUUGUCUUCAGAUUAGCUCUCCGUAUGGUACCAUCAAGAGCAACCAGUUCCAUGACAGAACGGCUGCCAUCAUAUUUGGCUUGGAAUGAAACGAAGACAAAAUCUUCAUCAUCGCUUCAAUCAUCAUUAGACAAAAAACAAAAAUCGAGUCCACCACACACCCAUACGCGCGCCUCCCAAGUCCCCACAACCACACUUUCAUCUUCAUCCUCCUCCUCCUCCCCCUCUUCUCCUUCUUCUUCUUCAUUCCCCAUGCGUCCUCACAGAGACCAAUCAAAACAGACCGUCGAAAGACACUCAAACAAAUCCCGCAUAAGAACGGAGCAAGGUGCCCUCCGAUUGAAAACUAUCAUUUUUGUGUUUUGAAGUCUCAUCGCACGCGAGAUUGAAAAGAAAAACGGCCCCCUUUCCCAUCCCACUGAAGGGACAAGUCUGGAAAACCAUCAUCUCUCUCUCUCUCCGCAAAGUGCUCGAUUCAGUCUUUUGUCGGUCAUAGGAUACACCAUUUUGUUGCUGACACGUUCUUUUGCGGAAAAAUUUGAUGUCAAAGCUUCUCCGUCUCUGUGGGUGUUCUCUGCUCAGCAUGAAAAAAGAAAAGAAAGAAAGAAUGGCGAAGAAAGGG